AGCGAGGUGAGCCACUCGAGUACUACCAGAUAUCUGAGACCAAUUCAUGGUCUUCGUGUUCAUCGCUGCCCGACAAAACUUCUUCAGAUUUCACAAACCACAUUCCUGUUCCUCCACUUGUUCAGUUUAAGAAGCUGGAUGAUGGCUACAGCCAUAGUUGCCGGACUAAGCAUGGGUGCUUCGUCAAAGAACAGCACAGUGGCAAAAAUGUCUUCAAACUUACACUCGGGCAUCCCUGUAAACAAACGGCUUCCAGCUCCCAAGGCUCUUGCACAGCAUGAGGAUACCUCUUUGAGUCUCACAACAAAAGCAAAUUGUUUUUCAAAUUAUGAUCAUGUAGAGGAAAGCGAUCCUGAUCUUUCAUCUUGGCACGACCUCAUUGUGUUCCAAAAGUCCAUGUUGGAAAAACAAUGGAAGCUAUCUUUCAAUCAAACAGCAAUCACUGCAGCUCCUGAAGAAAACAGCAAGAAGAGAGUGAUUAUUGGAUCAGGGGUUUCUGCCCGGCAAAGGAGACGAAGCACUAGAAGUUCUUUGAAUCAAAAUGAUCAAAUGAUCCGUUCAAAUAAGAGGAAGCAGAUUCAUUCCAUCAUCAGUCCUGAAUUGCUGCAGACUCAUUUAAAUGGCUAUGUCAAGGGUAAAGUUAGUGAAGACUUGCUCCCUCAUGAUGAAGUUGCACAACUAUCAAAGAAAAUCAAACUUGGUCUUAUGUUAGAGAAGCACAAAGCGAGAUUAAAGAAGAGGUUGGGAUUUGAACCCUCUGAUAAUGAACUGGCUUCUUCCUUGAGGAUCUCACCAACUAAAUUACGUUUGAUGCUGCUUGAAUGUUCUCUGGCAAGAGAGAGGCUUGCAAUGAAAAAUAUUCGUCUAGUCAUGUCUAUUGCCCAAAAGUACAACAAUGUUGGUCCUGAUAUGGCUGACCUUGUCCAGGGUGGCUUGAUUGGAUUACUUCGUGGUAUUGAGAAAUUUGAUCCUUCCAAGGGUUUUAAAAUUUCAACUUAUGUAUAUUGGUGGAUACGGCAGGGUGUCUUAAAAGUGCUGUUUCUAAAUUCAAAAACCGUGAGACUGCCAAGAUAUUUGUGUGAGCGGUUAAUCUCAAUACGAAAUGCAAAGGUUAAGUUGGAACGCCAAGGAAUCACACCAUCAGUUGAUAGCCUAGCAGACUAUCUUAAUAUGUCUGAAAGAAAAGUGGAAAAUGCUACUCAGGCAGACCGUAUGAUGAUUUCCCUUGAGAAGGAAGCUUUUCCCUCACUGAAUGGUCGCCCUGGAAAGACUCUUCAUAGUUAUGUUGCAGAUAACAACCUUGAGAACAAUCCCUGGCAAGGAUUUGAAGACGAAUAUCUAAAGGAUGAAGUUAACAGGCUUCUGCGCACAACUCUCAGCAAACGGGAGCAAGACAUUGUAAGGCUUUAUCACGGAGUGGGUAGAGAUUCUCAUACAUGGGAAGACAUCGGCAAGCACUACGGUUUAUCGAGGGAACGAGUGAGGCAAGUAGGGCUUGUUGCAUUUCAGAAACUUAAACUAGCAGCAAAAAAACAGCGGAUGGAGGCACUGCUGGUGAAACAUUGAUGCGCAUUGAUGCAAUUUCAGCAUUAUAAGUUACUGUAUAUAGAAAGAAAUUAGUACCUGAAAAUUCAUGGAAAUUAAAUACAUGUAAAUUGUAUUAUGGAUUUUGACCUGAUACUUUAGAGUCUGUAACGAGACUAUGAUUACUCUUUGAAUCAUGAUCACCUUUUUAUUUA